AUGCUUCGCCGCAGCAUCCUACGGUGUUGUGCGGCGACGGCCGCGGCUGCGCCUGUGGCGGGCGCAAAAAGGCCGUUGCUCAGCCAGGCAAAUACGCACGGCUUCACACACAAGGACACGCGUCGUAUUGACGAACUCAAUCUGGUUGCCUACGAAUGGCGGCACGAGAAGACUGGGGCGGUGUAUUAUCAUAUCGACACGGAUGAUAGGAACUGCACCUUUUGCAUUGGGUUUCGCACUCCAGCCGAGAACGACAAGGGGACGUCACACGUGUUGGAGCACACAGUGCUAUGCGGCAGUAAAAAGUAUCCGGUGCGGGAUCCCUUUUUCAUGAUGAUGCGCCGCUCGUUGAGCACAUUUAUGAAUGCCAUGACGGGUGCCGACUACACCCUCUAUCCGUUUGCCACGACCAACCAGCAGGACUUCUGCAACCUGCUGAACGUUUACCUUGACGCCGUCCUGCACCCGCUCCUGCGUGCGGAGGACUUUAAGCAGGAGGGUCACCGCGUGGAACUUGGGGCGGAGCGGCGGCUGGUGCACAACGGGGUUGUGUUUAACGAGAUGCGGGGAGUGGUCUCGGAGCCGUCGCAGCACUACGCACAUGCACUCAUGCGGCUUAUGCUUCCAGGGACCCACUACGAGCACAUCUCCGGCGGGUACCCACCGGAGGUGCUGAAGCUCACCCACGAGGAACUUGUGGCCUUUCACAGGAGACACUACCACCCGAGCAACAGCGUCACCUUCACCUACGGCGCGCAGCACCCAGAACCUUGGAUGGCGAUCCUCGACGGCUACUUCUCGUCCUUCUCGAAAGGCGAGGUCGUUACGGUCCCCACCCUGGUUCCGGAGCGCCGCUUCCGCCAGAUGCAACGGGUUUCCUUGCAGGGUCCGUUAAACCCCAUGGGAAACCCCCAGCGUCAGAAGCGCAUUUCCGUUUCCUUUGGGGUACAGCAGGAGGAUAACCAACUGGAGGACAUGGUGGAUUUGAGUGUGCUGGACUCGUUGCUCUCCAGUGGCCCCAGCUCCCCGCUCUAUCAGGCGCUUGUGGAGUCGCAGAUUGGCAGUAGCUACGCACCGAUGCGAGGCUACUCAUUUUAUCUCUCCUCACCGUUUGUUUCUUACGGUGUGGAGGGCGUGGAUGAGGCCCGACCGAACGCAGAGGAGGAGGUAUUAAACGCUGUUGUUUCGACCCUGCAAAAAGUGGAGAAGGAGGGCUUUGACCAGCGUCGAGUGCAGUCCGUUAUUUUUCAAGAGGAGCUGCAGCAGCGACACCGCGCGGCCGACUAUGGCGUGAGUCUUUGCACAGGCCUUUGCUCGAUGGGUCUGUGUCGUGCCGCGAACAACCCUCUUGACUUCAUUGAUUGGCUGCCACACCUGCGGCGGCUGGCGGAGAAACAAGUGGCGCCGCUUCUCCCACGCAUCUCCAAGAAUCUCCUUCACAAUCCCCACUCGGCACUCGUGUCGGUCUCGGCGAAGAAGGAGUUCCUGGACUCCCUCCGUGACACACUCAAUGGCAUGGAGGAGAAGCUAAACGAGGGUGUCACGGAAGCUCGCAAGGGGGAGAUUGAGGCGGAAACAGCAAGUUGGCUUGAGCGGGUUCGUGCCCCACAAAACGGUGACCUUCUCCCUAGUCUCACUGUGAGAGAUAUCCCACGUCAAUCCUUUCUGGAGCCCACCCCGCAGCAGGCAAAGUCCGGUGUCCACGCCUCGCUUUAUACCAUCUCAAAUCCGACAAACGGAUUGGUGUAUGUGCAUGGUCUCGUGCCUUUUGGCUCGUCGUUGGUCUCGGCAAUCCAGGGCGGCGGCGCCGCUGACGGCCUGGUGGACCUUCCCCUGUGGCACUCCCUGCUUGGGAACCUGGGGGCGGGCGGAUAUUCCUUCAAGGAACUCUCCAUUGCCACAGAACUUGUGUGCGGCGGUUUUGCCUUUUCCCCGGCACUUAACCAAUCCUAUCGACAGAAGUCUGAGUAUGUCCUUGGUACCAACUUUGGCUUCUACACCACGAAGGAGAAGCUGCAGGAGGCCUUGGAGCUCCUCAAACUGAUACUCCUCGAAUCAGCCACCUCCUCUGAGGAUGACGCCGUGCGUGGUCGCGUCUUGUCUCUGACCAAAGCACGCUGCUCUAGCGUUAUUCGCCGUCUGCAGCACUACGGUAAUCGCGUUGCCACAACCCUGGCAGUCUCACGCUUGACACGCUGUGGGGCUGUGAAGGAGAAAUGGUCCGGUCUCACGCAGUCGACGCAUGCCUCUCUCUUGCUUGAGAGUAUUCAAAAUGGCGAUGAGGCGGCGGUGCGUAACGUCAUUGUAAACAUUUUAAGCUCUCAUGAGGCCUUUGCCCAAUCUUUGGCGUCAAACAUGUGCCACGGUACACUUUGGGCAACAUGUGAAGAGGAGCACCGGAGUGAGGUGGAGGCGAUGUUGGCAGCCUUCCUGCGGAAUUUCCACCCAGUGUCUGCGGGUGCGCCGGUCUCAACGCGUCUCUCCCUUCCAGCGCUGGGGCGACCCACUGGGGUCCCGCAGAUCCGCAAGAUGCUUCCCAUCGACACCUCCUACGUUGGCUUUGCCAUCGCAAACGAGUUGGACUGGAACCAUCCGCAGCAGGCGCCGUUACGGGUGGCGUGUCAAUUGCUCGGGAAUGAGUACCUGCACCGCCGUAUUCGCGAGGAGGGUGGGGCCUACGGCUCAAGCGCGGACGCCACCCUUAAAGGGGAGGUGGGUGGCAUCACCAUGUCCAGCUACCGCGAUCCGGCGCCGGAGCAAACCGUCUGUGUCUUCCAGGAGGUUGCGGGUUGGCUUGGAAGCGCAAGCAACGUUACGCAGGCGAGGGUUGAUGAGGCGAAGCUCCGCAUAUUUGCCAGCAUUGAUGCCCCGUAUGCUGCCGACAGCUACGGUGAAUCGUACUUCCUACACGACGUCCAUCCGACGCAGAAGCAGGCGAUGCGUGACGCUUUGUUGAGCGUUGAGCCCAAAGACGUCAUAAAUGCGGCGCAAUUCUUUGAUGUCAGCGGAGAUGCGUCGGCGGUCGUUAGUGUGCUGUGCCCAGAGGAGCCCGUUCAGGAGCAGUAG